AUGUUUAUUCGUCAGGUGCUGCGUUUUGCUUUAUCAAUUGGCGUUUGCCUUAAUCUAUCCGUAGCUAGUCCGCUUGACCUAGGCGACCUAGGUAUUCAGGUCGAACGCCGCGCAGACGCAGGAUUAGUUGGAUACCUUGGGGCUAUAUUCCUCGGGGCAGAUCCUUAUGUAUACUUCUACCUUAGUAACGGCAAUGAUCCGCUAUCCUUCAAAGCAUUGAACAGCGGUCAACCUAUUUUACGGCCAACAAAGGGAACUGGUGGUGUUCGAGACCCGUAUCUUGUACAAGGCGGCGGUGCCGAAGCUGGCCGAAAAUGGUACAUUAUUGGCACUGAUCUCAAUAUUGGGAAGACAAGUUGGGAUGCAUCCCAGCGAACAGGCUCAAGGGGCAUAUUUGUUUGGGAGAGCACUGACCUCGUGAACUUUGGCAACGAGCGGCUAGUAAAUGUGGAAGACUCGACUGCCGGUAUGGUGUGGGCUCCGGAAGCGAUAUGGGAUGCUUCAAAAGGCCAAUAUUUAGUCCACUGGGCUUCAAAAUUUUAUUCUGCCUCAGACAGCGGGCAUACCGGUUCUCCAUCCAAUAUCCGAAUCAGGUAUGCUUAUACAAGUGACUUUAAGACGUUCACACAACCUCAAACGUACAUUGAUUAUGCGCCGACCAACAUUAUCGACUUGGAUAUUGUACCGCUCGAUACUCAGGGGAAAAGUUACUUACGAUUCAUGAAAGAUGAAUCAGCUAAGACUGUAUUUUUGGAAUAUUCUACUACGGGGCUUUUUGGAAGCUGGACCAGAGCCGGGGGAAACAGUGGUAUAAUCACAUCUGGUGUCGAAGGCCCUGCCGCAUACCGUGAUAACAAAGACGAUGCCAAGGUCCACGUCCUCUUGGAUUUCUACGGUAGUGAUGGCUAUCGACCGUAUGAGAGCACGGAUCCAAAGGGAAAUAAAUGGACGGCAAGCAGUCGAUCUGGAUUUCCAAGCAAUCUGCGGCAUGGGAGUAUCCUCCCCAUUAACCAAACUUUAUACGAUGCACUGAGCAAGAAGUUCAGCUCGUAA